GUAUAAUAUCUGUAUGCUUUUAUGGGAUAUAGUGCACAAUUUCAGCACAUAUACACAGCAUAAAUUGAGUCUUUAAGUUCAAGUCCAGGCAGAGCCCUUGUCUUCUGUCUGUUAAAACUGUGCUUUGCUAUGUUGGACACUGAGAAAAUACAGACUUGCCAACUCUUUGUGUACUGUCCUUGGGUUCUCCUCUCCAGAGGAGAUAUUGUAUCACAGUGCUGUGAUGCUCCCCACUCAAUCCUCAUGAAACUUCUCUGGCUUUGUUCUAGCCUUCGAUUUUGCCUCGAGUGAAAUGCAGUUGUAUUUUCAUUGAGAGACACAUGUGUAUUUAUAGUAGUUACUAUUGUAAAUGAUUGCACUAUUUUCACUACAUCAGCUGUGUCAACAUGAGGACCAGCCAUGUAGGCAUAAAAUAAGGCCCUUGGUGGGUCAAACUAAAAUACACAUUAUAUCCAAGAACCUUGUGCAGCUGUUUGCCAAAAAGAAGUGGCCCAGGGGUCUUCAGAGAAAGUGGUGGUGGUCGCAGCUGUAGUAGGACGCGCUACUUCAUUGCAGUCAUUCUGCACGCUGCUUUGGUACCUUUUCCUGUGUGGUUGCAGAAUUUUCCUGCUAAGAACUUUCUAUGCAAUGAAGAAUGAGAAAAAUGAAUAUUGAUGGUGGAGGCAUAGAAAAAGCAGUAUAGUGGGAAGGAGGGGAGGGAGCAGCGAACUCUACCUGGACUACUGGGCAGGAAAGCGAUCCGAUUGCCAAAGGCUUCCCAGAUCACAGUGAUGUUUGAUUUAGAGUUAAAAGCCACAUGAAUUUCCCAGGAAGAAGAUUUAGGGGAGAGCACUGGGGUCUGACAGAACUUGGGAAAUUGUAAGUAUUUCGAUGUGAUUUCGCAGUAAGAUAUAUGGCGUGGAGUGACAGGAGAUAAUGGUAAACGGAUGGUUGGAGCCAAACCUUGAUCCAUUUCCCACUAUGGAAAAGGGGAUCUUAUAUAUCUUUUUCAAUGAAUGAUGCUUAUAAAUAAUCCUGUGUCCUUGUACUCACACUGUCAUCUGUGUGGGUGACUUCCAGAUUGUUACCUCGAGCACGGGGCUGGAAAUCUUUGUUCAGUCAGCUCUCACAGAGUCUGUACCUCCAGUGUGAAUUUGUCAGCUUGCUUUUAAAAUCAUGGCUCUGUCUCAGUUUACUAGCUUCUUAAAUGGCCCCAGCUUCGAAGGAAAUUAUCAGUAGCACUCCCUUCUGUCGAAUCCAGCCAUAUCUCCCACAUCCAGACCCUCAUUAGGCCUUGUUUAUUAAGUUACUCUCAUCCUUAUAAUUCCCUUUCUGUCCCCAUUUCUAGUGUAUUUAUGCAGGUUGUCACCAUUUUCCCUUUUGAUCAUCACUGUAGGACUCUCUUAACCCAGUUCCACUGCUUUCUGAGCAGUUCUGGCCCGGCUACUCUGUUGAUCUCUCUAAAGUUUGCAUGAUUGCAUCCAUGACUUUGCUGGGAAGGUUUAUAAAGUCCUCAUUCCAAAGUCCUCAGUAAGAGGACUCAUGGUUCGCUGCCUACCUGUCCAGUCUCGUGAAGCCCAGGCCAGACCCUGGCCCUUCUCCAGCCGUGGUGGAUGGCUGGAAGCUUCCUGGGGUUUCCAGAGUGUGCUGGUCUCUGAGGCAUCUUCCUGUUCUUGCUCCUGCCCCUGUUCUCAGCCUUCCCCCGCAUCAGCCCCUUUCUCCUGGCCUCUGCCUGCAUGCAGGUUAGGCGUGGUGAUGGCUUAUUUGGUCAGCCAGACUGCAGGCCUUUCAGUGCCAGACAGCAUGCCACCUUUCUUUCACUUCUGCAUUCCCCACGCGGAGCUUCGCAGCUACAACCAGAGCCAUGGUGUUUACUGAGCACUUACUAUAGAUCCGCACGGUGCUCAUUUAUUUACAUAGGCUUUGCCUUUAAAAGGGAAACACAAAAUCAGGCUGUCUUUGGAAAGGUAAUGUGCAAAUACGAAGAUUAGCAAGAGGUUUGUUUUAAGGGGUCCUGUCAGGACAGUAUUUUAGCAACACAAGUGAGAACUUCAAAGAGCUCUGUGCUGGGGCAGAGGUUAUAGAAAUCAAGCAGAAUUUAUUAAGGUGGUUCCUAAAGUUGAUAGGUGGAUGGCUGGAUGGCCCAGCAAGUGUUCCUUAGAACUCAUUGAGGGACUUGUCAAACAUAACUUACAAAUUGAAAAGCUUUGAUGCAACAGGCUUAUUGAAUGAGAGGAACAGCCAUCUAAGAACGUAUAAGAAACAGCCAUAUGUGGCAACAGCCUGGCAGAAGAAAAGCAGAUAUGUCAUGAGAAAGCAAAAUUGCAUGGCUUUUAAAAAUACACUGUCAUGUGUCGCUAGAUGAGAGGAGAAUACCCCAAGAAAUGCUUCAGGAGGUGGUCACGUCAUUGUGUGAACAUCACAGGGUGUAUUCAUGCAAACUGAGGUGGCUGGGAUGUCAUUAGGCAGCAUACUUUUAAAAAUUUGUAUUUAUUUCUACUUGAAAGGCAGAGAAAGAGAGCUUCCCCCUGCCACUUCACUCCCCGUGUGUUCACAGUGGCUGGUUCUGAGCCAGGCUGAAGCCAAGAGUUCAGGUUUUCCCUGUGGGUGGCAGGGACCCGGGUGACGGGUGUUCAGUAGGCAAAGGUACACGGGGCAACCGGGAUUGGUUUUACAGAAAUGGAUUGGCAGAGGAAGGGCUGUGAAGGGCCGUUUGAGGAAGCAGUAGCACUGGGGGGCUUGGAGAGAGUGUUCAAAUAUUCUGGGCCUGCGGCUGCCCCAGCAGAACCAGCAGUAGUGGCGUCUGACAGACCUCGCGGUUGCCUUCAUCAGCCAGACAGGAAAUAAAGCAGGGUGCUGUGUUCUAAGGAGAAGCAGGUGUGACGUUUCUGUAAAAGAGGCCUCACAAAGGGAAAAAAAAAAAAACAAUUUAGCUGACUGUACAUUUUAUUCUGAGCUAAAGAAAAGGGGCGGGGGUGUCCUUUUUCCCUAACACCAAGUGCUUGAGCCAUCACCACUGCCUCUCAGGUGUGCGUUAGUUAGCAGGAGGUUGGAAUCCGGAGCAGAGCCAGGACUCAAGCCCACACCCUAUGAUAUGGGAUGCAGCUGGUCCAUGUGGUGUCCUGACCGCUGUGCCACAUGUGUGCCCUAUGUGUGCCCUGCUACAUCAUCUUACAGGAUUGCUGUCAUACAUGUGGGCUGUCAUGGCAUGAAACAUCCCAGUGUAGCACAUGACUGUAUUUAGAAUUUAAAAGGUACAUUUAGAUCAUUACAUUAGGUUCAAAAUUAUUCAGGUACAUAUGAAAGAAUAUUAUAUACGUUCGAUCAUUCUUUUGCUCAAAAAUGCAGCUUCAGGUAAAGUAAUCGUAAGUUCAGGGGUCGUUAGUGAGAGCAGUGGUUAAAGGUAGGUAAAAGUGUGAACCUCCAGGGAGUGGUUCAGAUGCCCAGGUCACCCCAUAUCAGUCUGGUUCUGAUAAUGCAUGCUUUGGGAGACAGUAGGUGAUGGCCCAGGUGGUUGGGUCCCUGCCACCCAUGUGGGCGACCUAGAUCGAGUUCCUACUGCUGGCUUCAGCCUGACCAGCUCUCUUCCUUUGUUUCUCCACCUUUGUCUCUCAAAUGUGCUUUUUUAUUUUUUCAUGAAGUGUAGACCUUGGAAUCGGGGUGCUGGUUUGAAUCCUUGCUCAGCAUUUGCUAGCUGUAGGACUUGGAGCAAAUCGCUUAACCUCUAAAGUGGACGUACAUUCUUUGUAAGGUGUUUUCAAGGAUUAAAAAGAAAAGCACACGCUACUGUAGCGCAAUGGGCUGUAGCAAGCGCUCGAUGAAGUGUGGGCCAGCCUCCAUGUGGACACACGGCUUCAUUCCUUGGCAGUAAUAAGGAAGUGAGCAGUUACUGCAUUUGUGCUUCAGCUUGCUUUUUCUACGGGCUCUCAUGUUUUGUAGAGAUGAGUUAUAUUUGCCUUGUUUUAUAUUAAAAACCACAGUUGUGUGUACUGACAUUGACCUAACCCCCGAGGAACCUUACACUCAUUAAAGUGCAGCCUAAGUGCAUUUGGUUUCCCUACACAAUUCAUGGAAAAACUUAUGAGAUGAGCACAUGUUAGUGGUGAAUGUGUAAUGCACACAGUAUGUUGCAAUACAGUCUCUACAUUAGUCCCAUUUGGUGGGAAAUCUCAAGCCCAUUGAUUCAGCAGCCCCUUUUCCAUUCAUUAUUUUAGGCAGUUAGUAAAAUAUCUUAACAAGAAGAAUCCUUAAACUACACCAUUUCAGGUAUAUUGAGGAGUUAUAAAUUGGCCUCUGCGUAUUUCAAGGUAAAAGUGAUAUGCUGAAGGAGGAUUGCCUGUAAAUUUUUUUUAAAAAAAUCAUUUAUUUAAUGACUGGAUGGCGAGCACCCAACCACUUGAGUCAUCGUCACCACCUGAUGUCUCCCAGGGUGCGCAUUAGCAGGAAGCUGGAGUUGGGAGUGGAUCUUGUCUUUGUUCAGGCUGCUGUCAUGAAAUGCUGUGAACCGGGUGGCUUGUAAGCAACAGAGACUUGGGUCUCAUAGUUCUGGAGGCUUGCAGUCCAAAGUCAAGGCACGAGCAGAUUUGAUGUGUGCUGAGGGCCUCCCUUCUGAAUUCCCGGAUGGCUGCUUCUCACCAUGUCCUUGUCGUGGGAGGGUCAGGGCACGAAUCUGGCCUCUGUUAGGAAAGCAGUAAUCCUUUGUGACCUGGUGACCUCCCAGAGGACCCUACCUUGGUAAAACUCCAGCUCAUUAGUGGUUGGGCUUCAGCGUAUGGAUUUGGUGGCCAGUAGGGAGGGACCUAAAUAUGCGGACCGUAGCUCUACCUCACAGACAAUAAACAGUGAAUGGAUGACAAGCGCCGGGCGAGGCCCUUCCGUCUGCCUCCGUGGCUGCUUGUCUUCCUGGACCUUUGUGAUCUCUUCAGUUUGGACACAUUGUUGUCACUUCCUGUUACUUCCUGUCACUCUCUCUGCCUCUACCUCUUGUUCCAACGUAGCACUUGUUCCAACGUAACAUACCUGGUGUUUGUUGUUUAUUGUCAAGUUCCUCCACCAGAAUGUUAGCUGAGGAGUGCAAGAUUGUCCUUGGUUUAUUGCUGAAUUCAUCAAACCCAGAACUCUGCCUGGCCCACAGCAGGAAUUCUGUGUGAAUGAAGAAUGAGAAUAUUUUUACAGAUGAGAGCAUGUCAAAAAAUGUGUGGAAAAAGGAAUUAAAAUGUCAUUUAUUUUGUUGAAAAAAUUUGGAAAUUCAUAUAUGCUGGGAGAGGGAUAUUCAAAGAGUUAUUAAAAGUACAUAUGGGGCUGGCGCUGUGGUGUAGCGAAUAAAGCUGCUGCCUGAACUGCUGGCAGCCCAUAUGGGCACCGGUUUGAGUCCCAGCUGCUCCACUUCCCAUCCAGCUCUCUGCUAUGGCCUGAGAAAGUAGUAGAAAAUGGCCCAAGUCCUUGGGCCCCUGCACCCAUGUGGGAGACCUGGAAGAAGCUCCUGGCUCCUGGCUUUGGAUCAGUGCAGCUCCAGCCGUUGUGGCCAAUUGGGGGAUGAACCAGCGGAUGGAAGACCUCUCUCUCUCUCUCCCUCUCUGCCUCUUCUUCUCUUUAUGUGUAGCUCUGAAUUUCAAAUAAAUAAAUAAAUUUUUUUUAAAAGUACUUAAUAUAGGGGCUGGUGCUAUGACGUAGUGGGUAAAGCUGCCACCUGUAACGCUGGCAUCCCAUAUGGGUGCCCAUUCGAGUCCCAGCUGCUCCACUUCUCACCCAGCUCCCUGCUAUUGCUCCUGGAAAAGCAGUGAAGGAAGGCCCCAGUGCUUGGGCCCCUGAAUCCAUGUGGGAGACCUGCAGGAAGCUCCUGGAUUCAGAUCAGCCCAGCUCUGGUGCUUGUGGCCAUCUGGGGAGUGAACCAGUAAUGGAAGAUCUCUCUCUGUCUCCCCUCCGACCCUCACCCGUGUAGUAUGUAUUAUGAAAAAACAAUGAAAGGAUUUAAAAAUUACACCAAAAUAAAUUUGUCUUUUAGUUCUGUAUUUGUGCAAACUUUUUAUUUGAAAAGAAUUUUACUUGUUAUUCUUUGCUUUUGUUUAAAAGACAGAGAAAAAGGUGGAGCACAGUCUUCCACAUACUGGGACACUCCCCAAAAGUUCUCAAUAGCCAGACUUGGACCAGGCUGGAGCCAGGAGCCAAGAACUCCAUCUGGGUCUCUCACAUGGGUGGCAGGGGCUCGAGAACUUAAGACAUCAUUAGCUGUCUCCCAGAGUACAUUAACAGGAAGCUGGAUUGGAAGCAGAAUAGCUUGAACUUGAACCUGACAGUCCAGUAGAGAGUGGGGACAUCCAAAGCAGUGACUUAACCACUGAACCGCGCCCUGCAGAAAUGUUCGGCAGUGCCCUCCUGUAGGCCUGUGCUCAUGGAGAGUCCUAACCAGAUGAUGCUACCGUGGAGAUGUGUUUUUGUGAACACUGCGUUUGCUGAUUCUAAGAUAAUACUCAUUGACCAGAAAUAAACAGUGAAACUUGGGAAAUGUAAAGAAUUAUCAGUAGAAAAAUCAAAAGUUCUCUUAUGCUGAGAUGAUGAUUUCACAUUGGAAGUGUUUUCUACUUCAUGGAUUUGUUCAUUAUAAUUAUGCAAUCUUGGAUUUAUUAUUUUGAUUCUGGCAUUUUUCACUUACUAUUCCAACGUCAGCAUCAUUUCGUAUUUUUACAAAAAUCUUUAUGAAGUGGUGGAAUAAAAUACAGUUCUCUCCACCUUCCAAACUAGCAGGAAUAAUGAAGCACAGAGAAGAAAAUCCAUCUGCAGUGAAACACGUCGUUGGCAGUAACCCAGAAGGCAGGCUGGAGGCACACCUGCCAAGUGCGUAAUGCUUGGCUCCAGGAGUUUGUAAGUAUUUGACCGUACUCAAAAUGUGCAAAGAAGAAUAAUGGAAGCCCCUGAAUACCUUGAUUUGGAUGAAAUAGACUUCAGCGAUGACAUAUCUUAUUCAGUCACGUCGCUCAAGACCAUCCCAGAACUGUGCCGAAGAUGCGAUUCACAAAACGAAGACAGAUCAGUUUCCGGCUCUGGCUGGAAUUGUGGCGUCUCAACUCUUAUUACCAACACACAGAAGCCCACCGGGAUCGCCGAUGUAUAUAGCAAGUUCCGCCCGGUGAAACGGGUUUCCCCACUGAAACACCAGCCGGAGACCCUGGACAGCAAUGAAAGCGAUGAUCAAAAGAACCAGAAGGGGGACCUCCAGAAAGGGGGUGAUUCUGAUGCAGGCCCCCAGCCUGAGGAGCUGGGCCCCGAAGAGGGAGUCGGGGGCCUGCCUGGGAAGGGCUCGGAGCCCAGCCCGGCGCUGGGCGAGCUGGAGCACUAUGACCUCGACAUGGAUGAGAUCCUGGAUGUGCCUUACAUCAAGUCCAACCAACAGCUUGCCUCUUUCAGCAAGGUGGCUUCAGACAAAAGGAUUUUGGGUUUAUGCACGACCAUCAACGGCCUCGCCACCGGCAAAGCCUGCUGUGCAGGAGGUGCCGAGAACCCACCACCCACCACAACGCCCUUCUGUGUCCUGUCUCCCGUGAAAAGCCCUCACCUGAGAAAAGCAUCCACUGCCAUCCGCGAUCAGCACAAGCUGGGCCCGGAAGAAUCUGAGAGCGCGCCCGCUCUGGUUUCUUGUGUCUCUGCGUAUGAGCCUGAGACCCAGAGCAGAGACUUCCCAAACAAGGCCUUCGCAGAACCACAUGGCGGAAAGGCCGAGAAGGCACUGCCCGACUGCCAGCUCCGGGCCUUCCGCCUGCCGUGCUCGGCCGCAGAAGCCACGCUGGAGGAGCAGGUCAACGGCGUGAGCUGGCCCACUUGCCAGGGCCCCGAGGAGAAGACUGAGCACCAGAAGAAAGUCAAGAGCAUCCUGAACAUUGUCAGAGAAGGGCAGAUCUCGCUCCUGCCACACCUCGCCGCAGACAACCUGGACAAGAUUCACGACGAGAACGGGAACAACCUGCUGCACAUCGCCGCCUCGCAGGGCCACGCCGAGUGCCUGCAGCACCUCACCUCCCUCAUGGGGGAAGACGGCCUCAAUGAGCGCAACGCGGGCAAGCUGACCCCCGCGGGCCUGGCCAUCAAGAACGGCCAGCUGGAGUGUGUGCGCUGGAUGGUGAGUGAGACGGAAGCCAUCGCAGAGCUGAGUUGUUCCAGGGACUUCCCCAGCCUCAUCCAUUACGCGGGCUGCUAUGGCCAGGAAAAGAUUCUGCUCUGGCUCCUCCAGUUUAUGCAAGAGCAGGGCAUCUCACUGGACGAAGUGGACCAGGACGGCAACAGUGCUGUUCACGUGGCCUCGCAGCACGGCUUCCUGGGCUGCAUACAGACCCUGGUGGAAUACGGAGCAAACGUCACCAUGCAGAACCAUGCGGGGGAGAAGCCAUCCCAGAGCGCCGAGCGGCAUGGCCACACCCUGUGCUCCCGGUACCUGGUGGUGGUCGAGACCUGCAUGUCACUGGCCUCACAAGUGGUGAAGCUGACCAAGCAGCUCAAGGAACAGACGGUGGAGCGCGUCACCCUCCAGACCCAGCUCCAGCAGCUUCUGGAAGCCCAGAAGACAGAGGGCAAGUCACUCCCCUCCUCGCCCAGCUCGCCAUCCUCACCGGCUUCCAAAACAGCACAGUGGAAGGCCCCAGACACAGAUGAGGAGUCCGCGGCCAGGACCAAGCCGGGGAUCCAAGAAGGGAUUCAGGUGCUCGGCAGCCUGUCCGCGGCCAGCCGCGCCAGGGCCAAAGCCAAAGACGAAGAUUCUGAUAAAAUCCUGCGUCAGUUACUGGGGAAAGAAAUCUCAGAAAAUGUCUGCACCCAAGAGAAGCUGUCCUUGGAAUUCCAGGAUGCUCAGACUUCUAGAAAUCCAAAGAAGAUCCCGGCGGAGAAGAGGGAGCUGAAGUUGGCCAGGCUGAGACAGCUGAUGCAGAGGUCUCUGAGUGAGUCCGACACAGACCCCACCAACCCUGAGGACCCCAAAAGCACCCCAGUGAGGAAGUCCGACAGGCCCAGGCCACAGCCCAUCGUGGAGAGCGUGGAAGGCGCGGAGGGCACCGAGAGCUUGCACCUGAUGAUAAAGAAACACAGCUUGGCCUCGGGACGCAGGUUUCCUUUUGGUAUCAAGGCCUCCAGAUCCCUGGAUGGCCACAGCCCUUCUCCCACCUCAGAGAGCUGCGAAGCGGACCUGGAAUCCCAGUACCCAGGCCCCGGGAGCGCUCCUCCAAGCCAGGCCCCUGGAGACCCCACUCAGCCCAGCCCCGACAGCCCUGCAGCCCAGAAAGUGGCCACCAGUCCCAAGAGCGCCCUCAAGUCUCCAUCUUCCAAGCGCCGGACAUCUCAGAACUUGAAACUCAGAGUGACUUUUGAGGAGCCCGUGGUGCAGAUGGAGCAAACAAGCCCUGACCCAAGUGGGGAGAGAGACAAAGACAGGGGCAGGACCCUCCCUCGGACCUCCCCGGGGAGCGAGUCCGGGGAUCAGCUGAAAAGGCCUUUUGGGACCUUCCGGUCCAUCAUGGAGACACUAAGUGGCAACCAGAACAACAGUAAUAACUACCAGGUGGCCAGCCAGCUGAAGACCUCAACCUUGCCCUUAACCUCGCUCGGAAGGAAGACGACAGAUGCCAAGGGAAGCCCUGUGAGCUCUGCCGGCAAAGGAAAGAACAAGGCAGGGCUGUUCGGCAGCUGCGUCAGUCUGUCCUCUAACACGCUGACCGAAGAGCACCUGCCUGGCUGUGCACGGCCUAAUGACAUCAGUAGAAAAAUGAAGAAAUCCUACAGCAUAAAGCACAUUGCUGAGCCAGAGCCAGAAGAACUCUUCUUGUAAAUCCCUUUUUCCAACCCUCUCACCGAUGCCCGUGGGACACCAUUGGAAAUUACCGGACCUAGAACCACAAGACGCCACCUCACCAGCAGAAGAACACAAUAUCAGGAUGCCUUAAAUUUAUAGUACUAGACUGUAGAAGAUACAUUUUGGGUGAUAAAUGUAUAUAAACUUGUUUUUAAAGAGAUGCUGUUUAAAAGCACGAUUGGGCAACUGUUUUUUAACAUUGGAUGGAGCCAGCCAACACGCAGGACACUGACCAAGCCAUGCCACUUUGUGUUUGAGUUGCAUGCGUGUCUGCUGACGUUUGGCUGAACUUCCCUUCCCCCUAACGCUCAGUUCCUCAGCGAGGCCAGGUCAGUGGUACUGUUUUCUGUCAACCGUGUUUUCUCUGUCAUUUCUACUUUUUGUAUAAAGGAAAUAAAACAAUGUUAACAGCCA